GCUUUAAUCCUUCUCUCAAUGUGAGUAUAUUGUUAGUUGUAGUUAAGCUUGGAGCACUGUUUUAUAAAUUUGCACUAUUUGCUGACAGCCGGAGCCUCAGGUUAGUGGCCUUGAACCAGUUUUGGUUGCUGCGAUCCCCACCAUGAAGUUCGACAAUGAGGCUUUCAUUUCUAUGGAAGAUCCACAGUGCUCAAUAUGUUUGGCAGAGUAUCAAGAGAAAGAGGUCUUACGAAUAAUGCCAAAAUGCGGCCACACUUAUCAUCUCUCUUGCAUCGAUGUUUGGCUCAGAAAACAGUCUACUUGUCCAGUCUGUCGUCUACCAUUACAAGACUUUUUUGGAAGAAGACAUAUGAGGCCACCUUUGUUUGAUAUUCCUCAGUCUUUAGAUGAUCCUGCAAACUCAACGGACAAUUCCCAGCGGUGGCUGCUACCUGGCCUUGAGCGUUCGGUAGGAAAUGUAAGUACUGAAGGGCAUGUUGAAUCUGUUCUUGUGAACCAACCGGAGUCAACACCUUCUCGAGAAGCAGAAAGAAGAUAGGAAUACAUGCCUCUGGAUCUGGCAAGCCUUUUUCUUUUUUAAUUGGAGAUUCUUUUAUUCCUAAAUGUACAGAAAUUUCCUGUCUCUUUUGCAUGGCUCAGACAUAGUUAUUCGGAAUUGUUGUGAAAAAAGGCCUUAAAAAUCUAUGGAUCAGAAUGAAGUCAAUUGAUAUUUGACAUUCUCAUUCAGGUAUCGAUCAAUGCAUUAAUUGAAAUUAUGAAAUUUCAGUA